AUGUUUCGUAUCGUGAAAAUCGCCUCUACAUCUUCACGUCAGCUCUUCACGCGCGCUUUCACGACGUCCAAACCGCUCUUCAUGGCUUUGCAGACUACGAACGGACCACUUGCAAGCUUAAACAAUGCCGCUAUGCAGGCAGAUCUCAAUCUGAACGGAACACUGGAGGAAAUUGCUGCCCGUCACUUUUCCGAAGCGUCAACGUUUCCCGAGUUUUCACCAACAGAAGACACGUUGCUAACUGAAACAAUGCCACGGAUCAAGACACCAGAACCUGUUCUUGACGCUCAUACGAUGGCAGUCGAGGAGUUGACGCUUGAGAUGCAGCAGCAUUUUUGUGAGCCGUCGGAUUUUCCAGAGAUUACGAUAGCAGAAGAAGAGGUUAUGCUACAAAGACACGUGUGA